GACGUUCAGAUUAUAGGUACGGGGGUGAAACGGAGUGUUUAGCGUAUGUGACUACAGCAGACAAGUGGGUCCCUCUAGCUAACCUCCCUGUAGGUAAAGUAAACGCUACUACCUGUCCCACAGGGCUGCUGGAGAGGGACCGGAGUAUUAUUAUAGCUGGGGGCAGGGAUAUCAACGGCAGGGCCAGCAGAUCAGCCUAUAAGUUCGACUGUAACUACCUGGUCUGGAAGCCUAUAGCCUCCCUCCUACAGAAGCGAGAAGGUAGCGGGUCUGCCUUCUCUUCAGGUCACGCAUUUGUAGUGGGUGGGAGGACUCCUCAAGAGUGGACUAAUAGUGUGGAGUACUUUAAUCCUAUUGCUAACAAGUGGACCGCGAUUUCACCGAUGAAGCACAGCCGUGAGGGGUGCGGGGUAGCGUCCCUCCACGACAAGCUGUGGGUAGUGGGUGGGAACCAGUAUGGUAACAGUGACCUGGAUAUUGUGGAGUCGUACGAGCUCAAGAAGGACAAGUGGACUCAGGGGAUACCUCUUAACGAGCCCAGAUGGGGAUGUGGACUUGUUUCCUCCGGUGGUGCACUGUACGCAAUAGGUGGUUAUAGAACUGACACAGUCGAGCGAUUCGACCCCAGAGAGGGAAGAUGGGAGUACCUCGAAAGUAUGGAAGUUAGGAGAGAUAAGGUUAAUGUAGCUUUGUUCGGAGACUAUGUGUACGCAUUUGGAGGUUGGAUAGACGGGUCCAGAUUAACAGCUAUGGAACAGUACGACAUCAGGAAUAAUUCCUGGUCUUACUGCGAACCUCUACCACAUUCCAAGGCUGGUGUAGCCAUGACUUCGCUCUAUGGGCUGCAGAAGUAACAACCUGAAGUUGGUAUCUAACCUCGGUUUAUGCGGAAGUCUUCGUUUUUGCUUUAUGAUUUGCUUUACAUAACCUGAUAUAAAAUAUUAAAGACAUU